AUGGCUGCUGAUACAAUUUCUCCGCCGCGAUCCCCCUGUGCUUCUGUGCGAUCUGGGUCUGACAAUCCGGGGGAAGAGGUGGACGAGUUUAACAAGGGCAUUGUGGACUUCAUUGCCAGUCGGCAGGCAACACGUCCAGGCGUCGUUCGAGCAGUUCGAGCCGGACGGGUCCUGCAGAACUUCGGACGCGUACUGAGGAACAUCGAUAUCGACGCCGAGCAGCUGUACCAGAUGGGCAGCCAGUCCGAGAGCAUCCAAGAGUUCUGGUCACACAGCUGGCACGCAUCAGCGACUUGGAAGGUUUGGCUCCUGCUCAUGCUGAAAAGAGGCAAAGCGGCUUCCUUGGUCGGCACAGCCGUUGCGUUGGCGAUCGCCGUUUUGUCGUACAUGGAAUGGCUGCCUGCUUGGUACAGACCCGCCAUGUACAAGUCGCCCGAAGUGCAAGAGCUAAAAGCCAGCCCAUGGUGCCUUUGUGGGGGACUGCUUGCGUUCUUCCUGACACUUCUCUACUGGCCAUCCUCCGACCAGGUUUUCCUGGAUCGAGCAUGCAUACACCAGGCGGAUCAAGAUUUGAAGACGGAAGGCGUCGUGAACAUCGCAGCGUUCCUGGAGAAAUCCAAGUCUUUGGUGGUGGUUUGGGAUCGGCUGUAUAUGUCGCGAGCAUGGUGUGUUUUUGAACUUGCCGCCUUUUUGAGCAGGCACAAGAACUCAAAGCCUAUCCCUGUGGUGGUCAAACCGCUUGGCCUGGCACCAUUGACUUUCGUCAUGACUGCGGGCAUAUCUCUCCUGAUGGCCUACGAGAUAAGCCUGCCAUCGGAUGGACUGCUACUCUAUGGCAAGCUGGUUUGUCUGGUGCUCUGGGCGAUUACUUUUAACUGGGUCUUUCGCCGAUGUCUCGAAAACGUCCUCACGGUGGAGGAGCAGUGCCGGACCUUCUCAUGGGCUGCUGUGCAGUCCCACUGCUGCUCAGUGAACCACGUGGAAAAGGGAGUCGCCAUACCCUGUGACAAGGAGUUGCUUUCAUCCUGCAUCAGUAGGUGGUUCGGCUCAAUAGAGGCUUUCGAGGGCUUCGUUAGCACCGACGUGCGUGACAUCUGCGUGGAGCAGCUGCUGCGCAUACCCAUGGGAUAUUGGUGGAGUGUUACCUUCAACGCCUUUGUUUUCUGGGGCCACUUCGAUAUUGCUGUGUCUCGAGCCCAUGCUGGCGAUGCUGCCUUUGCAGUUGGAAUGCUUUGUUCAGGUGUGGCAUGGACCUUUUGGAUUACGCCCGUCCAGUACAUUGCCCUUGCGAGGAUGGCCAUGUGGCAGGCCAAGAGUCGUGAGCGUUGGCUCCUGCGUGGCAUCGUUGUCAACCUCGGAGGCAUAUUCAGCUGCUUUAUGCCCUUCGUUCUCCAACAAGGUUCUUACAUCUUCUUCAUGCCGAACUCGUUGCUGGCCCAUGCCGUGUUCAUGCUCGUGUCCUUGUUCUGGGCACUGGUCCUUUUCUAUGUGCUGGCCCGGUCAUCCUUCUGA